AUGACGAAAGUAUUCUGUUUUCUACUAGUGCUAGGACUGAUCGCUCUGACUCAGUGUCAGCCUCCAGGAUUAGGAAGACGAUCAGCUGAACCCCAGGAGAACGGUGGAGCAUAUUCUGAUUAUGGAAAACGAUCAGCUGAACCCCAGGAGAACGGUGGAGCAUAUUCUGAUUAUGGAAAACGAUCAGCUGAACCCCAGGAGAACGGUGGAGCAUAUUCUGAUUAUGGAAAACGAUCAGCUGAACCCCAGGAGAACGGUGGAGCAUAUUCUGAUUAUGGAAAACGAUCAGCUGAACCCCAGGAGAACGGUGGAGCAUAUUCUGAUUAUGGAAAACGAUCAGCUGAACCCCAGGAGAACGGUGGAGCAUAUUCUGAUUAUGGAAAACGAUCAGCUGAACCCCAGGAGAACGGUGGAGCAUAUUCUGAUUAUGGAAAACGAUCAGCUGAACCCCAGCAGAACGGUGAAGAAUUUGUUGAUUUUGGAAAACGAUAA